AUGAGCUGGAGCCAAUCUCAGAACUGGAAGGCUCGCGCUGAAGACCUCGUCCAGGGCGAUCCACGGGCUCAGUCGCUCAGAGCCAAGAUUCUCCCCACUCCGUCCAAGGGCGAUUGCAUCUUUGCUGUCUACUGCUUGUCGAGCUCCCAAUUCUCCUUCACAUUCACCGUCGAGUCCGUCGAUGCCAAGGACGUGCCGUCGUUCGCUAGUCCGGACAGUGCCACAGAGUACGAGUUGGGCGGCACGUACAACAGCGACAAUGACUUCAUUGGUCGUAACGUUGAAUUCAAGGCCGAGAUUGGUAACAACAAGUUCAACAUAACCAUCGGCAAUGUCAACAUCAACGGACCGGUGGUGGGCGGCCCUGCGGCGACUGUUACCGCCAUAGGGAAGGGUUCCUGGUCGUAG